GGAUAAGAUAUUUGAGCUUUGGCGACACCGCUACUGCGAUCUAUUUAAUUGUGUCCCUAGUGAAACUUUCUCUAUAGAUAAACAAUGCAGAGUCCACUGUUCAUUGUGAAAGAAUAAAAACUCCUGAACAGAGACACAGCCUGUUCAUCUGAAAACCUGGAUUUUCCUUCCAAGCAAACAUCCUGUGGAUUUUCCACUGUGGUAACACCUCCUUAUAUCCAGCAUCCAUAUAUCCUGAGUGACUCCUGAUGAAGCGUCAGUGUGAACAGAAGAAACUGAGAUCUGAGGAUGAGACUGGUUGUCGUCAUCGUUUUGCUGGCUGUGGUGUGUCUGUGUGAUGGCGUUAAGUUUGGCCAGCUCUGCAAUGGAAACCCUACCAACAGCAGGAGGACGAGUGACCGCUGGGGACAGGGACACUACGGAGCCAGACGAGGAAACAGGGUGCACAAAGGUCUGGACAUCAAGUGCAGUGAUGGAUCUGCCGUCUAUGCACCGUUUGACGUAACUCUCAAUGGAAGGGCCAUCCCCUACGGCGACCCCAACAAGGCUGCCAUCGACAACGGCAUCAGCCUGACAGGAGAGGGUCUGUGCUUCAAGUUGUUCUAUGUGAGUCCAGACCGAACCUCCGGGUCAGUGAGGAAGGGGCAGAGGAUCGGCACCAUGCUGCCCAUGCAGAGCGUUUACCCAGGGAUCACCUCACACGUCCACGUCCAGAUGUGCGACAGGAGUGACCCCACCCGGUACUUCUGAUCGCCUCACAGGACAUCCACAUUUCCUGCUGGUCUGCAAACUGCUGUAAUAAACUAAAAGCAUCUAAAGUGGA